AUGUCAGAAGAACAACAUAUAAAUAUAAAUAAUGAAUAUUGUCCAAUAACACGUUUAUCUUAUCCAUUAUCUUAUUUAACUGGUAUAAAUGAAGAUAUACGAGGUGAAUUAGUACAUUCUAUUAUUGAUUUACAACAACAACAACAACAAGAACAAUCUAUGAAUACAUGUGCAGUACCAAUCAAUGUAUGUUGUGUUUGUUCUAAUGAUGAAAAUGACCUACAAUCAUUACAUUCUGAUGUUCAAGUGUUAUGCGCUACUCCGGGUUGUAAAUAUAAUGGUCCAAUACAUAGAAAGUGUUUAGAACAUUGGGAUGCAUGUUGUGAUUUCUAUUGUCAUUUAUUAAAUAAUUCAUUCAAUAAUUCAUUACUACAAAAAUCAUCAACAUUUGAAACAAUUUCAACAAUAAAACCAACAAUAUCAUCAUCAAUUUUAUCAAAUUUCAAUGAUUCACCUUUACAUAAAUCAUUUAUGGAAGGUUUAUUUCGACUUUAUGAAUGUCCAGCAUGUGGUCAAUAUACAUUGUAUAGAUCAUCAAUUCAUUCAACAGUAUCUUCCACUUCUAAUGCUACUGGUCAGACACCACAAACAUUAUCGUCUACAACAUCUAAUCAUUUUACAAGUGUUUUAUGCGCUAUUCACUAUGCUACUGAAAAAUUAAAUCAAUCUGAAAAUCCAAUUCAAUCAACAUUAUUACACUCUGAACCAUAUUCACAAUGUAAACAAUAUAAUUCAAAUUCACCAGUGGAUUAUAUUGGAUCAAUGGAAUUAUCACCAAAUUUCUUAGAUGAUUUAAAAUCUCAAUCGAAAAUACCCAUAACAAAUUCAUCGACAACGGUUAGGUCACAUUCCUAUGUUCAACCACCAUUGAUUACGGAUCGAUUCAGUGAUAUUUUAAGACGAUAUUCAUUAAGUCGUGAAACAAAUGAUUCUACUAAAUUUUCAACUAGUAAUACAUCAAGUAGUAUGAGUAGUGGAUAUCACAGUGGUUUAUCAACCGGUGAACAUACUGUUGAUCCUAGUCGCCGUUGUAGUGAUAAUCCAUAUGAUCAAUUCAUGUUAUCGAUGAAAGAAGAUAUUAUGAAAGGGAAUGAAGAUAAUUGUAUACCAUGGGAAAUUACAAAUAUUCAAACAGGUCAAUCAAUAUCAAGAGCAUUAAUCAAAGGGAAACUACCAAACGAUGCAACUAUGUUAAAUGAUGUUAUCAAGUAUUCGAUUGAUUCAUCUAUGCCAACAACAAGAAAGAGUUAUUCAUCAACUGUAAACUUGGAUGAUCUUUUUGAUAGAAGUUUAGAUAUUACUGUGAAUAACAAUACGACUAAUAACAAUGACAACAACAACAACAAUGUUGGUAACACUAAUCUUAUGAAUAGACCUCUUUCAGCGAUUGGUAGUCGACGUCAUCAUUCUACAUCUGAUGGUUCUGGAAAUAUCAGCUCUUCAACUGUUGGAGAUACUACUAAUACUACGACCACUACUACUACUACUACUAUUACGACGACGACUACAAAUACUUCUUAUCAUCAUAAUGUUAAAUCCAAUCCUUCAUGGUCAAAUGAUUCAAUCGGUAAAUCAAGAAUGACACAUUGGCAUGGUAAUAGUAAUAUUGAGACGAAAAUGAAAAAGGUUGUCAAUACCAAAGGAAAUAUAUUUCUACAAAGGAAUGAUUUCAAUGUAUUCAUGAAUUUACCAAAUUAUAAACAAAAUGCUUAUUUCAUUCAAAUGGAUGAUGACAGUUGUACAGGAAAUGAAGAUACACGUGCAUUUCUAUUAGCACAGUUAACAAAUCAUCGAGUUUCUGAAGUCUACUGUUUAGCAUGUCAACAAAUUCUGCCAAUUUAUGAUCAUUUUCCUGUGAUAGAUGGUAUUUUUUUCAUCAGUCCAUUAUGUCAUCGUUCUAAAGAAGGUCAUCGUAAGGGUGGUGGCCUACGGGUCACUUGGCAUACAAAUGGUAUACAGAAUCAAUCUGUUCAACAACAACAACAACAACAACAACAACAACAACAACAACAGCAAACUCAUCGAGCACACAAUGCUACUACUAACAACACUGAUAACAGUAGUAUCAGUAACCAUUUAAUUUCGUCGACAAAUGAUUAUCAAUCUAUAAAUGAAGUAGCUUUGAAACUUUUGGCUCCAUUAAAGAUUAUCUCACCACCACCUGGUUGUCUUGGACCUAGGCAACAAUUAAAUUCAACACAGCAUAAUAUGAUUAGUACUGGUACCGUUGGGGGUGCGUGCUCAAAUCAAGGUGCUGGUAAUAAUAAUAACAAUAGUAGUAUACCAUCUCGAUUUUCAACAAAUCAUUCAUCUACUAGGCAGUGCCGUUAUUUACAUGCUCUAUGCUUGAAUUGUAUGCAUUCAGAAAACAUGAUCGCCACUGGUCGAGUAAAUGAUUUAAAACGUAUUAAAUGCAAAAUUUGUAGUAAACCUUGGUCUGGCACUUCAUUACUAGUUGGUGGUCUUUACACUUAUGAUAUAUUUGCUGCUGUACCAUGUUGUUCAGCUCAUUUAACAUGUGGUUCAUGUCAAUCACGUUUAGAUAAUUUAUCACUAUCAUCCAAUUCAACAAUAUCGUCCCCCUCCUCUUUAACAACAACAACUACCACUACUCCAACUACAAGUACAUUACAAUUAUCAUCAAAUGAUCUACCUUAUCAACAUCAAUAUCAUGAUCAAAAUCAAUUUCCAAUCAAUAAUAUUGAUCAAUCGAUAAAUAAUCUUACAAUUAAAUCUUAUCCAUUAAAUUAUUUUAGUCAAUAUAGUAAUUUAAUUAUUUGUCCAUAUUGUUCUAAAGUGGAUUAUCAUUUUGUUAAAUUAUUUGAAGAUUAUUAUGAAAUAAAGCGCCGGAAACAAGUCUUGCGUUACUCAAGUGUUAUUUUCAUCUUCCUUUGCAUUGUCUUUCAAACAAUGGGUACUGCAAUAGAUGUCCUAGAUAUUCUCGAUCUGAAUGAAUCAAGUCCCAGAAAGUCUAUGCUUGAUAGAGAAGCCAUUCUGAGUCGUGCAGAGAAAAGGAAAAAUUCUCGCCCUAACCCGCCACCAAAAAGACCCGAUCAUGUUCCUCGUGAAGUUUGGGGCUUACAUAGCACUCUUAACAAUAAUCUUCCUCCGAUUAUGCCAACUGAUAAUACACCUCUUUAUAAACAACCCAAAGCUGUGAUUGGUGUAGGGCGAGUUCGUUCUUGGCAAUGGACACCAUUUACAAAUUCCGCUAGACAAGAUAAUUUAGUCUUAUAUCAUUGGAGACGAGAAAGCGCUGAUCCAGAGGCUAAUAAAGAUUAUUAUUUUGCACGAUACAACAAGCAUGUCACUGUUCCUGAAUACACUACCGAAGAGUACGAAACAAUGCUAAAGGAUCUAAAAUGGAGUGAAGAGCGUACGGCACAUUUGAUGGAAUUGGCUAAACGUUUUGAUUUACGUUUUAUUCAUAUGAGAGAUCGAUGGGAUUGUGAAAAGUUUCCUGGACGUCCAUCUGUUGAAGAUCUCAAAGAAAGAUAUUAUGGAAUUCUAACACAAUUAGAUAAGGCUCGUGGAACAAAUCUUUCACAAGGUCUACGAUAUGAUGCAGCACAUGAACGUCGACGUAAACAACAAUUAAGUUUACUUUAUGGUCGUACAAAAGAUCAAGUUGAAGAAGAACAACGUUUAAUUAUGGAAUUGCGUAAAAUUGAAGCUAGACGUAAAGAACGUGAACGUAAAAAACAAGAUUUACAAAAACUUAUCUCAUUGGCUGACAGUGUAACUCGGGAAUGUGAAUUAUCUGAGCAUACAGGUUAUGAGACGAAUACAGAUGAUACAAAUUCUUGGCUUACAUCUACACACUCGUCUGUUGGCGGUGGUUUAUCAUCUUCCAAUAAUUCAUUGUUAACAUCAACAACACUAACAGGAAAUACUGGAUUACAACGUAAACGACCCAGUGGUGUUAGUGGUUUGAAUGCUAGUAAUAACAAUAUUGGAAAUAUUACGUCAUCUAGUCAGUUAAUUGGAAAUACAAAUUCAUUCAUCAAUACAGAUUCCAGUUGUACUAAUUUAACAAGUCUAGGAGUAGCUGGUGGUGCUAAUACUGGAGCAUCGAUAUCCUCCGGAGAUAUUUGUGCUUCGUUAAAUUCUGCCUCGAAUACAGCUAAUACUGCACUAAAUACACAAUAUUCAAUAAACUUUUUGGAUGUUAGCAAAAAUCCCGGUGCUCAUCUACGUAGUCAAAAGAUGAAAUUACCCAGUAAUUUAGGACAGAAAAAGACAAGAAUCAUUGAAAACUUCUUAGGUCAUUUACAAAUUGAUCCUAAUCCACCGGCAACGGCAGAAAUUGUUGAAGCAUAUAAUGGUUUACGUUCAAAAAUUCUACUUUUAUUCGAUUUACGUCUAGCUCUAUUAAAUUGUGACUUGGAACUACACUCAGCUCGGCUACGACUAGAAACAUUUGCUCCUAAUAAACCAUUACCUUGUGGACUUGCUAGUCUUCCAAAUCCUAGUAUAUCCGAAUCACCUGAAGAUUCUUAUUAUAAUUUAAUUGAUCCAUUGAUUUUGUCAGCACUUCGUGUAGCCGAUUCAAAACGCCCAAUUCUACCGCGUCAUUCACUUGGAGUUGCUGGUACAUUGGCUGCGGCUGCUGGAAGUUUAGGUAUGCAUACUAUGACUAGCGGAAGUAGUGGUAUUCCACCUAUGAAUACAACAACGGAGAAAUCAGAUACAAAACAAUGUCGAUUAAACUCAUCGUCUAUCGUGAAUUCUUCAGAUAAUGGACAGUAUAAUUCUAGUGGAUUAACAACUACUCGAUCAUCUCCAGCAUUGUCAGGAGGUGGUGGAGGCACUGGAAAUCUAGACUCAGAUAAUUCAUCAUCAGCCGGAGAUGGUAUCGGUAGUUCACAACGUCGUAGAAGAGCAGCAGCUUUAGAACAAGGACGUGUUUUAAAGAAACUUAAAAUUAAAGGACAACUUGUUGAUUGAAACUGUUGUUUAUGGAAAAACAAACAAAAAUUCUUUGUUGUGUAUGUGUACAUAAAAAUAUUUAUUCGAUUGAUCUCAUUUGUUCUAUCGUUUCAAAAUGAAACAAUUUCAUAAUAAAUAUUUUUUCCUUUA